CAAAAUGCUGAGGUGCUCUCUGCUCACCAGGAACAGGCUUCUCAGCACCUGGGUUUGGGCUGGCACUGGAACUUGGGCUUCGCACCAUCCCAGAAGACCUGAGAAGGAGGUUAGACGGGCUGUGGGAUGUUAAACCGGACCGAGCAAAACCUGGGGCAGGAGCAGCCCUUGGAAUGAUCUGUCUCACCGCUCCUUCUCGCUGCAGUUGCCUGGAUGAACGGCUCCUGGAGUGGAGUUCUGGUGGAGAACCUCAGCCUGCUCUGCUGGGGAGAAAUCUCCAUUGCUUCCUCAUCCUCCCGGGGAUGGAACGCCCCGGCGUCCUUCGUCACGAGCCUGGAGCUCUCCUCCAUCAGCUGGGAAGAGGAAUGUCCCCGCUUGUCUGACGAGGUGCUGUGGCUUGUUCCCCAGAUUCCCCGGCUCGACGAGUCCUUACUCAUCUGCUUGUUCAGCGCAGGGAUUUCACGCGACCCCCUCCGAGUCCCACAAGGAUAUUUCUCGGUCGGUGCCCGGUGGAAGCGAAGAGAAGAGGAGCUGGAGGUGGGUGCUCAGCUCCUCUCGCAGAGUCCUGAGGCACCUGCACAAGACCAAGGCGUGUCGGAAACCUGAUGCCUCACCUCCAAUGUGGAGGCGGAGGGAGGAGGGCCCAAAGAUAUGUCCCUUCACGUUCCCAACAGCUGAAAACAGAGAAGGAACCUCACUAGAGCUUUUUUCGCCAGCGCCGAAGGCCUCGCUGUCCCAGUCUCACCCCAGAAGCCCUCCGGUACUCCGGUACUCUGGGGGGGUGGCAGUCCCGCACCCGCCGGGCGAUGAACAUCGCAAGGAGAAGAGGGUUUUACAGACAGGAGGUGAACAAAACCCUCUGGGAGCUGCCCAGGAGAUACACAUCCCUCCAUCCGGUGGGGUCCGGAGCCUACGGCUCAGUGUGUUCAGCCAUAGACAAGAAGACAGGGGAGAAAGUGGCCAUCAAGAAGCUGUGCCGCCCCUUCCAGUCGGAGAUCUUUGCCAAGAGGGCGUACCGAGAGCUGAUGCUGUUGAAGCACAUGCAACACGAGAACGUCAUUGGGCUGCUUGAUGUCUUCACCUCCGCCCCCUCCUACCAGGGAUUCCAGGACUUCUACCUGGUGAUGCCAUACAUGCGGACAGAUUUACAAAAGAUCAUGGGACAUGAAUUCAGCGAUGAAAAGAUCCAGUAUCUGGUCUACCAAAUGCUGAAAGGGCUGAAGUACAUUCAUUCCGCCGGCAUCAUCCACAGGGACCUGAAGCCGGGCAACCUGGCUGUGAACGAGGACUGUCAGCUAAAGAUCUUGGAUUUUGGCUUGGCCAGACACGCGGAUGCUGAAAUGACGGGCUACGUGGUGACGCGUUGGUACAGAGCCCCAGAAGUCAUUCUGAACUGGAUGCAUUACAGCCAGACAGUGGACAUUUGGUCUAUUGGCUGCAUCAUGGCAGAAAUGCUGACCGGGAAAACGUUGUUUAAAGGAAAAGACUACCUCGACCAACUGACUCAGAUCCUGAAAGUAACGGGGCAUCCAGGAGAAGACUUUGUGGAGAAGCUGGAGGACAAAGCGGCAAAGAGUUACAUCAAGUCCCUUCCUAAAAUCCCCAAGAAGGACUUGUCCGUGCUUUUCCCCAAAGCCAAUCCUCUGGCAGUGGACCUGCUUGACAAGAUGCUGCAGCUGGAUGUGGAAAAGCGCAUCACGGCGACGGAGGCGUUGGCUCAUCCCUAUUUCGAGCAGUUCCGAGACAUCGAGGAAGAAACCGAAGCGCAGCACUCGUAUGAUGAGUCUCUGGAACGCGAAAAGCUUUCACUGGAUGAGUGGAGAAAGCAUAUUUACAAGGAGAUCUUGUCCUUCAGUCCCAUUGCACGAAAGGACUCAAAGAAGCGAAGUGGGAUGUCAUUAUAACAACCGGUGUGGCCUUGGCCGGGAUUCCCUUCUCCUGGAUGACCAACGGGAUUGACUCCGUGCUGCCUCGCAUCGUUUGGCCUCUGGGACUUCUCUGUGUGCCGACGCCAGGAUGACACCGUGCUGUGGGCGUUGGACUUCGUUCUACUAAAGCGGAAAACACCCCAAACUGUUUUCGACCCAAAGGAUAAAUAUAUUCUCAUUGAAACUUUCAACAGGAGAGUUUUACCUGUGCU